CUAUAGAAAUCAGUGCUUGCUUGCACCUGUCUUAGAAACCAUCCCCCACUUUUCCUGGAUUAUGUUUUCUUUUCUUUAUGUCCCUUGAAUUAAUCUUGUUUUCAUUUUUCGAGCUUCGUGAAUUCGGCCGGUUUGUCUUCAGUUCUUGUUGAUUCUUUAAUGAAAUUCGACCUGAAUUCAUGGGAGUUCAAAGCACUAGAUUUCCACGUCUGUUCGUGUAAUCUCUUCUGUCUGGCGGUUUCCUUUUUAUAUAUAUAUAUAUAUAUAUAUAUAUAUAUAUAUACUCCAUAAGAAGUUUAUUAGUUGAGAGUUUUUGAGGUGUCUUUCAAGAAAGAAGAUGGAAAGUGGUUUUCAGUUAGGCUGGAGGAGUAGCUUCUUGCAUGGGCUAGAAAAUGUAGAGGAAGAUCGAGAGCUGAAAGUGGCGUCAUCGUUGCCUGCAAUCCCUCAACCACAAACACCACAGGAGCCUAUAGAAUACUUGUCCAGGUCAUGGAGCCUUUCUGCUUCAGAAAUUUCCAAGGCUCUAGCUGAAAAGCAGAAACAUCUUUUCCUCGACAAGAAUCCCAACACUUUUCCAGAAUCAGCAGUUGAUGUUCCAGAACUAGCAGUGAAGGUAACAAACUCUGUGAAUGGUCGGAGAACAGCGUCUUUUGGAAAAUGGUUCCACCACAAAGAGUCAAGUCCUUGCACACUGAAGAAGAAAGACAGGGCACGUGUAGAAAAUGCACAUAUGCAUUCUGCUGUCUCAGUGGCUGGACUAGCAUCAGCCUUGGCUGCCGUUGCUGCAGCAGAGAACUCCAGUGGCUCUGAAACAAAAAUGAGCAUGGCUCUGGCAUCUGCUACACAACUCUUGGCAUCACACUGCAUUGAAUUGGCUGAAAUUGCUGGGGCUGAUCAUGAUUCUGUGGCUUCUGUUGCCAGAUCGGCGGUUGAUAUUCGAAGUCCGGGUGAUCUAACGACUCUCAUUGCUGCAGCUGCAACAGCUUUGCGAGGAGAAGCAGUUUUUAAAGCAAGAUUGCCAAAAGAAGCAAAGAAGAAUGCAUCUAUAAGUCCCUGUGAUAGAGGUAUGACAGGAUCAGGGAACAACUGGGCUGCUGCUUUCCGUAGUCAAAUGGAGGAACAAAGUCCUCCUUUUGUUGGGGAAUUAUUGCAAGUUACACAAAAAGGAGUUUUACAAUGGAAGCAUGUCUCUAUCUACAUCAACAAGAAAUCACAGGUCAUAAUUAAGCUCAAAAGAAAACACGUUGGAGGAGCCUUCUCCAAGAAGAAUAAAUGUAUUGUUUAUGGAGUUUGUGAUGAGAGUGCUGCAUGGCCAUACAGAAAAGAAAGGGAAAUUUCAGAGGAGGCCUAUUUCGGCCUCAAAACUGGACAAGGUCUUCUAGAGUUCAAGUGCAAGAACAAGAUCCAUAAGCAGAGAUGGGUUGAUGAAAUUCAUAAUCUUCUAAGUCAAGUUAGCUGCAUUGAAGAAACCGAACAUUCUCUGGGAUUCAUAAGUAUUAGUAAAUAGUAUAUG